CCGCUGACAAGAUCGACAGUCGCACAGGAGUGAGAAAAAAAAAAGCACGAUUCAUUUUAUUUUGCGUUUGGCUCAUUUUUUUUCUCCUUAUUUCAAGAUGAGUAACGUUUGUCAACUUGUCGAGGAAAAGUUGAAGAAAGAGUUUGAGGCUUCACACGUGGAAGUAAAGGACUUGUCCGAUGGGUGUGGUGCCAAAAUUGAGGCAGUCAUAGUGUCAGAGAAAUUCCAAGGAAAGCCGUUACUUCAGAGACAUAAGAUGGUCUACGGCUGCCUUGAAGAAGAAAUGAAGACCAUUCAUGCAUUCUCCCAAAAGACAUAUACCCCAGAGCAAUGGGCUAAACAACAAGCUAACUGAAUAUAUGGGUUGAACCAAACAGAAAACUCCAGCAUUGAGAAAUUAAUACAAGAAAGCUUGAUAAGUAGAUUUGAAAAAAUGAAGAGAGACUGAAAAUGAAUUAAAGCAACAAAGACGUGCCUUGAAAGACAGCUUUAUAAAAAAAUGAAAAAUGACCCAUUUUUCUCUUCACCUGGAUAAAGUAGUAACAGACAGACAAAAGGAAGUAAUAUCAAACAAUCAACAAUAAUCACAAAAUCAAAACCAAACUUUUAUUUUUAUUCAAUACUGAUAGAUGCAUACUGCAUCCUCGGGGACCCAGGGCGUCGCGUAGAUCGGGCACACAGGGAGCGUGCGAGAAAGAAAGAGGAGGAAAAGACGUCUCUAUUUAUUCCCAAACCAUAAAGCUACCAGAAUAAAGCUAAAAACAUGCACCACUAAAGUUUGUAUCCUACAGCUUUGACCUUGGUUCUGGUUUGAAAACGUAUGGUUUCUAUUUUAUGUUUUGAUCGUAUGUUUAUUUCAAGUCUAUAAUUCUUCCUAUAUUAUUGAUGAAACUUUGUGAAAAAAACCUAUACCAUAAAAAAGGUUACCGUAAUGAUUUGAACAAGCGCCCUCCUUAAAAAAAGUGCCCCGCCCUAAUAAGGCCCCCCUCGACCUCGAAUUUUGGAAUUAAUGACUACUUGAAUUGUGUAAAUCUUCACUUUACUUAGCUCGCAGACCAUUCUCACGUUACAAUGAUAUUGUCAUCGAUUUAUAAAAAUGAAAAUAUAUAGAUUUAGGCACUGCCUAAAAGCGGAGCCAGCUUUAUUACCAUAUUAUCAUAUAGAGAAUCUUUGGGCAGUUUAGGGGUAUGGCGUUUCAGUUAAUCGCAAAUUAAGUUUUGUUUUCAGAAGUUGGUAUUAUCCGACGAAGUGAAAUAAGCGUCCCCUCUCCAAUAAGACUAGCGCCCGGUAUAUUUUUAAAUAUUACAUCGACUUAUGGCAUGACUUAGCUUUGUUCUUCUUGAAUGUUUUUUUUUUCUAUUGAUGAAUUAUAAAUUUUUAAAAAAGAAUCUAAAUACUGUAAAAAAACACGUGAUAUAAAUAAAUAACGCCAUGGAUAUCUAACCCAAAAAGCAAAUACAUUAUGUUACAAAAAUGUGGUUAUAUUUGAGCUAAAGAAUAAAUAUUUCAUAUUCCUCUAAA